AUGGAAAGAUACUCAUGUCCCACUUCAACUACCGGAUUUCAUGACUUUAAAGUCCUCGGGAGGCUUUCAAACAGCCGCCAGGGCAGCAAGAAACUUUCAAAAACCUUGGUGGACACAAUGGAGCGCCCAACUCCCUACCAAUACUCGCCCCUAUCCGGCCCAAGAUGCACGCGUCUCGUGGUAGUACAUCUUGGCGGGAGCAAAGACCAGUCAUGUCCUCUCAGCUGCCACUUGCUUGAAAUAAACGUGGAUGAUCCGCCUGAAUAUUUCGCCCUUUCCUACACUUGGAAUGGAGAAACGCCGAGUGUGCCGCUCACCAUUUGUGACGCCAACGGUAAAUCUACCAGUGCCAGCGUAACCAGCUCAGCACUCGGACAGCUCUUGAUCACGCCGAACUGUGCUGCUGCUUUGAGAAUACUUCGAAAGUCCCUACAUAGAAGGAUCAGAAGACGCAAGACACUGGUGAUCUGGAUUGACGCCAUCUGUAUCGACCAGGCAUCAAAUAGCGACAAAAGCACUCAGGUUGCGAUGAUGGCUGAGAUUUAUCGACAAGCAAAGAGGGUUGUGGUUUGGUUGGGAGACGAGGGAGCACCCCCAAACAUACGCGCAUUGAUUUGUUCAGUGCCCUGGAGUUACGUUCCGGUCCGGAUCUUGAUUUCGGACAGAUACAAGGACUUUCUCAAGAAAGUAGAAAAGAUGGGCCAGAAAGGUUACUACUUCAGCGCGUUACGUCAAUUAACGACAAGCACUUACUGGGCCCGUAUGUGGACUCUCCAAGAGUUUGCAAACCUAGACGUCUCCGUGCUUUGCCGCAACUCGCGCGUUGUCUCGUUCCUCCACCUCAUGGAACUGCUCAUGCACCGUGACCCGACGUCGGGUGCCUCGUCCGAGCCAAUCAAGCAAGGCCUCUGGGCUCACUUUUCCAUAUACAACCAUCGUCGUCGUCAAGACUUCUAUCCCAAGGUUACCAAUGACAUAGAGCUGGCAUCGAUCUCUGUACUGGAGUCGACCAUUGAAAUGGAGGCGUCCGAGGUCCGAGACAAGGCUUUCGCGCUCAAAGCCAUAUUCUCCGAGUUACUGGACGAGCUUGUAGUUGACUACGACCAGCCCAUCUGGCGCAUUUUCUCGGACGCGUCGAGGUUGUUUAUCGAAAAAGGUGGUAAACUCGACUUUUUAUACCUCGCGUGCUGGGAGAAGACGCCGAACCUCGACGAGCCAGGGCUGUUGCCGUCUUGGGCCAUUGACUUUGCGAGAACGAGUUCUAGCACAGUCAAGAGGUUCAAUCGGGGGUCACACGAGAUGGCCAUAUGGGAGUAUCAUGCAGCGUCUAGAGAAAGCCAAUGUUUGGCUUGUUUCUCAGAUGAUGGUCUUGUUCUCCAUGUACGCGGGAUACAAAUAGGCCAAGUAGGAGGUCUAAUAAGCGGCUAUUUACCUCCACAACGUUUUGACGGUUCCGAUCGGCAGCCCAUCAGUCAAGUUGAUGACGCUGCCGAAAGGGUCAACGGCGGGGAGCGGAGAGUCGAUCGCGUGGUUAGGCACCGUAUCGUUCGUCAGCACGAGGAGGCCAUAAGAAUUUUCGUAGCGAACGUCGCUCGAGAGGUUGGAACAGACGACCAGCUAGAGAUCGCGAUGGGCCAAUCACUAUACGAUCUCUUACAGACCGCCAUAAAGGCACGCCGGCGAGAUCAAGCGUCAAUACCGCCCUUGGAAUCAGGAAGCAGCGCCCAGGACGUUUACCAGCUUUUGCUCAAAGACCGUAUGUUUUCACUAACAUGCCGACAUGCAAUCGGCAACGGACGGCUUUUCUUCACGUCGGAUCACCGCGCUGGAUUAGGGACACCAGAGAUAUUGGAAGGAGAUGGGGUGUUUUUGAUUUCCGGACUCGAUAGACCGUUUGUUUUGAGGCCCCGCGGCGUCAACGGGGGAUAUCGGCUUGUAGGGCCGGCAGUGGUUUCAGGGGCGAUGGAGGGGGAGCUGUGGUCGGAUAAUAACGAUGAGCUGAAGGAUAUAUGUAUAGUGUAA